CCUAACAGCACCUCUUGUUUUCGUGUUGUGUGAGCCACCGCUUGAACACUAACACAUGACUAGAGAAGUUUCCUGAGAAAUUACCCGUUUUCGUUUGACGAGAAGAGCGAAAGAGAAGUUGUGUACCCACGAAGAGACAUGUUUUUUCGGAAGGAGAAAGCGGACUGCCCGGCUGUCUUUGACUUCCAACCAGCGGUAAAGCUACUUUGAAGAGCUAACAAGCUAACUGGGAAUGUUUUCCCAAACUAGCCAGUCAGUUAGCUUGUUAGCUAGCUAAAUCGGCUGGAGAAAUUCCCCGUAUAGAGACAGCAAAAACGGAUAUAAUGAUACUUUUCAUCUUUGGAGACGUUCAGUUAAAGAGCUGAGGCGACGUCGGAGACCGGGUGUGUUGAAUGUUUGGAGCUCCAGUGCCCGCUUGGUAGCCAAUUUCUAGUAACUUACGGACAAUUGUUAACUGUCCAGGCAACAAGUCAGGCUCCUAGUGCUGCUUUACACUCAAGUUUUUACUCGUUUUUCACAAUGUUGUUGUUAGUGGCCGCACGGGUUUGUAAGCUAGAAAGACACAGUGUGGUGAAAAUGAACAUUAAGCGCAAAGCAAAGAUGACGCUAUACGAAGGAAAGUAGGCUGCUCCUCAGAUCUGGACCCUCUCUGUAUAUGAGAAACUUUUUGCCAGCUAAUCAAUAAACUGUUGACGAGGAGACGAGGUGGAUGAACAUUAUAAGUCGCCCACAUGCGUUGGAUCAGUUCCCGGACUUGUGAAAGGCAUCUGAAGCAGAAGGUGGGAGACGUGAGCGCACAACCCUUGCAGCCCGCGGGAAGAUGGCGGAGCGUUCCCGCAGGAGGUGGUGAAACCAAAACUUGGGGACUUCUUGGAUUUAUCACCAGACAUCAAAUCCCAGAUCGUAGGACACAUGCAGGCCAAAAAACGGUACUUAAUUCUGUUCUCAGCCGGUGCUUGUCUCAUUCUGUUGUUUUGUUUUGGGGGGAUACAAGUCCCGCUAUCCAGGCGGGGUCCCAGCCGGCGUGAUGACCGUAGCCUCACCGGUUAUCACCCCGGGGCGCGGUGGCGUCGCGUCCCGGGAAUACUGCAGCCUUACAGCACAUGGGAGCGAGACUGGAGCGACGAUCACAACGGACACAUAUCUCCUAGGCAGAAGAGGGACGCCAACUCAGGCGUUAACUCUGGGAAACGCUGCAGGAUGGACUCCUGUUUUGAUUUCACCCUCUGUGAGAGAAAUGGAUUCAAAGUUUACGUCUACCCCCAGCAGAAAGGGGAGAAGAUGUCAGAGAGCUAUCAGAACAUUUUGUCCUCUAUUGAAGGGUCCAGGUUCUUUACACCUGACCCAGGACAGGCAUGUCUGUUUGUCCUGAGUUUGGACACUCUGGACCGGGACCAGCUUUCACCCCAAUAUGUGCACAACCUGAAAGCAAAAAUCCAGAGCCUCCCUUUGUGGAACGGGGGCAAAAACCACAUCAUCUUCAACUUGUACUCUGGCACCUGGCCAGACUAUACAGAAGACCUCGGCUUUGACAUCGGCUUCGCCAUGUUGGCCAAAGCCAGCAUCAGCACCGAGAACUUUCGGCCCAACUUUGAUGUUUCCAUCCCUCUUUUCUCUAAAGACCACCCUAGGACAGGAGGGGAAAGGGGCUACCUGAAACAUAACACCAUUCCCCCUUAUAGGAAAUACAUGCUUGUUUUCAAGGGGAAGAGGUAUUUAACUGGAAUAGGUUCAGAUACUAGGAAUGCUUUAUAUCAUGUUCAUAACUCAGAAGACGUGGUGCUCCUCACCACAUGUAAGCAUGGGAAGGACUGGCAGAAGCACAAGGAUGCACGCUGUGAUAAAGACAACGCAGAAUAUGACAAGUAUGACUACAGAGAGAUGCUGUACAACUCCACUUUCUGUCUGGUACCUCGAGGACGACGGCUGGGUUCCUUUCGCUUCUUAGAGGCUUUGCAGGCAGGCUGUGUGCCAGUGAUGCUGAGUAAUGGCUGGGAGCUGCCCUUCUCAGAGAUCGUCGACUGGAAUACAGCAGCUGUGAUAGGGGAUGAAAGGCUGCUACUCCAGAUCCCUUCGACAGUGCGUUGCAUCCACCAGGAUAAGAUCCUGUCCCUGAGACAGCAGACUCAGUUCCUAUGGGAGGCCUACUUCAACUCUGUGGAGAAGAUAGUGCUGACCACAUUGGAGAUCAUUCAGGACCGGGUGCUGCAGCACACCUCAAGGAGUACUCUCAUGUGGAACAGUCUGCCCGGAGGUCUUUUUACCCUGCCUCAGUACUCUACAUAUCUGAGAGACUUCCCCUUCUACUACGCUAAGCUGGGUGUCAAGCCAUACUCCAAGUUUACAGCUAUCAUUCAUGUGGUGACCCCGCUGGUCUCCCAGUCCCAGCCAGUCAUGAAGCUGCUUGUGGCUGUGGCCAAAUCCCAGUACUGUGCUCAGGUGAUAGUUUUGUGGAACUGUGACAAGCCUCUUCCUGCCAAGCACCGCUGGCCUGCCACCUCAGUCCCUGUCAUUGUUAUAGAAAGCAAGGUAAUAGGCAGCCGCUUUCUGCCCUACGACACCAUCCCCACUGAUGCUGUACUCAGUCUGGAUGAGGACACUGUGCUCUCCACCACAGAGGUGGACUUCGCCUUCACAGUGUGGCAGAGUUUCCCAGACCGCAUUGUUGGUUACCCAGCCCGCAGCCACUUCUGGGACAGCAACAAAGAGCGCUGGGGCUACACUUCCAAAUGGACCAAUGAUUACUCCAUGGUGCUGACUGGGGCUGCCAUCUAUCACAAAUACUACCACUACUUGUACACCACAUACCUUCCAGCCAGUCUGAAGACUAUGGUUGACCAGAUGUCGAACUGCGAGGACAUUCUGAUGAAUUUCCUCGUGUCCUCCGUCUCUAAGCUACCACCCAUCAAGGUCACCCAGAAGAAACAAUACAAAGAGACCAUGAUGGGACAGAGUUCCCGGGCGUCUCGCUGGGCCGACCCGGACCACUUUGCCCAGCGUCAGACCUGCAUGAACAAGUUUGCCAGCUGGUUUGGCACCAUGCCCCUGGUCCAUUCUCAGAUGAGGCUGGACCCAGUCCUCUUUAAAGACCAGGUGUCCAUACUGCGGAAGAAGUACAGGGAUAUAGAGAGGCUAUAACCUUCCAGAGCCCUCUCGCUCUCUGGACACAAUGGAGACGGAGCGAGGGGGCGGACACGUAGAGAAACGCAGAGGCUUUCCAUGAUUGCAUGGAUGAUCAAUGGAGAAGCAGCUGGGAUUGGGUACAGCGGGGGAGCGGAGGAACAAGAAACUAGAACAGAUGUAGAGGACACCACAUCUGUUGGUCUCCUCUGUUAUGUCCUUCAUACUUCCUUUCUGCCCCUUUCUCUUGUGUGUAUUGAAGGGGGGGGGGGGGGGGUUAGCUGAGCACACAGGUCCUACUGUGACUACCACCCACUGAAAGACACCUGAUGACUUAAAACUGCUUUGAACUGAAGCGGCUAAAGUCAUUGAGUUGGAAGUCAUAGCUUGCUGCUUCAGUGUCCCAACAGUGGCAAAACACUCCCAAACUUCAACCCGCUAUAAAAGACUGUACACUAUGCACAGGUUCAUGAAAGUUUUUGCUGACAGGAUAUUAUUGAUAAUUACGACUAUGAAGAGGAUAACACUAUUUUGGAUGUGUUUAGCUAUUUUUUUUAUACGGUGAAUGAGUGGCCAGCACUACACUCUCUGUAAUGUCUUAAUUAAAAAAAAACAAAAACAAAUAGCAGGAAUGACAACCCCUCAACCACAGAACUGAGUUAUAAUAGUUGAUCUGACAUUCACAGUGCCUCAAGUUUUAUCCAGUGGCGUCACUAUCUUGGGAGUUUGGGGUUAAAAAAAAAAAGAAAGACACGGUGCAGGACAAGCACCUUGGUCUUGCUGCUUUCUGUUAUGUUUUAUUCAUGAGUUGUGAUUUUCUUUAUAAUUGAUGGAAUUAUGGAUCUUUGUAGUAACUUCUUCUUCAGGUCAGCAUUCACGUGUCACUGAAGUUUAAGGAAAAUGUAUUUUGAUUCAAAUGAAACAAACAAAAUCGUAAUCAUGUGCCAUUCUGUACAAAUAAUUUCCUGGUAAAUAAUAUAACUGUCUAGUAUCCACCUGAGUAAAUUCUAUGGGCGGACCCACUUUUUGUUGUCCCUUUUCAUUGUCACAGCACAUCCUCAUUGUGUCCCUAUAUUUGUUCAGGGUUAUGUGACAAGCAACAAUUGGUACUUGAAUAGGUGCUGGCCUGAAGAACAAUAGAGGAUCAUAUGAGUUGCCUUGGGUAGUUAUGGGAGCUUGGCUGAGCUUGCCAAUUGAGCUAACUAAUGGUCUGUUAGACACACAAGCCACUGUGAAAGCGAGGGAAUUGAUUUUUUUUUUUGGGGUUAGGUCAGUAAGUGAUAUUUACAGUAUAUACAGUUAUUGUCUCUAUGCCAUAAACCCAAUUUCAUUUUGUCCACUGACAUUGAAGUUUGUCUGUACUACACACUGAUGAGAACUGGAGAUCAAUGUGUAGGUGACUGACAUCACUCUAAAUCAAAGUUGGUAUCAUAGUCAGUUAGACUACUAUAUUUCCCCCACUCCUUAUGAGCAAAUAUGACUGAAUACACAAGAGUUCUCAUCAAGAUACUGUAGAAAAGGCCUAGCAGAAAGUUCCAGUGUAUUUGCAGAAUACCAAUUUGCAUUUCACAGAUUUAAGCAGCCAUUCAUCUCUGCUAGAGUCAGAUUUGCAAUGUGCUACUCUACUUGGGCCACAUUCAAGCUGCAAAAUGUAAAUCCAACAUGUUGAGACGCAUGUUGUUUAAUUUAGUUUGUCUCAUGAAUGACAUCUUGAUCAGUGUCUGCAUGUUCUUCUAAAUCUGACACGCAUAUCUCUUGUAUUGCAAAUCUAUACAUCCACCGCCAAGUUUUUUAGGAAAAGAUGAAAUUGGGUUUUGUCUGCUGGGUGAGUGGAAUAAUUGGCAUAUUUCUGUCUUGAUAUGUCAUGUCAGGUUGUCGGAAAAUGUUAAUGUAAUUGGAUUCAUUUAGAAUGAGCACCCAUGUUUUCAAAUCACUGUGCAUCAUCAAGUUAAAGUUGAACUAACUGUCCACGAUGUGUCCCUAUCAAGUCAAUGAGGAGUCUGACCACACCUGUCACCACACCUCAGUUAGCAGCUUCAGCUUUAUAUUGGUGGAAAUUAAAACAACUUUGGUAAGCCUCGCAAACCUGUACACUUUACCCCAAUAUGUGCCAAUAGAUUGUUUCUGGUUUUGUUUUUAUUUUCAUCUCUGAUAUGAGGAAUGCCAUGCAUUCCCAUAUUUAUUUGCUUUGUUUAAGUAUUUCCUGUCUUUAUAAGAAAGUAAUAUGUGAGAAAGAGGGGGAGGGAAAGGAAGGGGACGGGUGUAUGUGUGAGGAAGUUGCUGCAUGGUGUUUUUCAUCACUGAGAAUGUGCUGACAGCAAAUAAACAAUCCUAGUAUUACUAAACACAGCACUAUCAAGACAAGUGAAUACGGUUGUAAACAGAAUCACAUUUCAGAAUUGAACUAGGUGCAAUAUUUAAGAAAACAUUUUCUCUAUCUUUUUCUUUUUUCUUCCCUUGUGUUGUCUCAGAGGGCAGGGGGUUAUAUAUUGAUGUGCCUUCAGAAGAAAAUACACUUGUGAGGUUGUUUUUUUCCCCCAUCUGCCUUGUGCAAGAAACUGGUCUCUGUUUUCAUUUCACAGUAGGUUAUUUUUUGUUUUCUGUAUCCAGUAACUCCUACCGGCUCCCUAAAUGAUUUUGUUUAACACUGGAACACUACUAAGACUUAUUGACACACAUUUGUUACUGACAUUCCUUCCUUUUCUGUUGUAGGAAAUCUUUUCAACGUCUUGUUUGACUCUCACUGACACGCUGACUACCUUGUAUUAUUAUACUUGCUAAGUUCCACUUUGUGGUUGUCUCAGGUAUAGUAAUACAUGUCAUACAUAAUUCUCACAUGCAUAAACGCACAGUAUUUAUCAGAAAGGAUUGUUUCUCGACUGAAUCUCUGCCUGCUUCCCUCACUCUCUUCCGUAACUUCAGACCCUAAUUUUAUAGAGAUUAAAAUGGAAAGAUAGAGGAAAAAUCGCAAUUUUGUAAAAGAAUUUUAUAAAAACAAAACAAAAAAAAAUCAACAAAUAAAAUGUUUGA